AUGAAACAAAAUAUCCCACACCUCAUCUUCUGCGCAGAUUCCUCCACAAGUCUAGCAUCCAUGGUGACACUUCAAACGGUGGAUACAAAUGAAACGAGCCCGCCGAAAACCAUUCACGGAAUCGGCCGAGGGUUUGGUCUAAUGAAGAGGGGUGAUUCCAUUGCAAUGUCACAAGCUCCCAGCCUGCCACAGCGCUUCCCUUCGCAAGAUAUGGGAUUCCAACGGGCGCCUUCUUCUUUCUCUAUGGACCGCCAAGAUUCCAUGGCGAAUGCCAACUUCAAGACUGCUGAUAACUCAAGCCACGGCAUUGGAGCAGGCAAGAACACCAAGACUUCGCUCGCCGACCGAUUUGGCUGUCUUGCACCAAUUUUGAGCCCAACUCUAUCGGAGUCUAGUCGAAAGACACACAAAAGCAGCAGCACUGACUCACCCCUGACUAUGCCACGACGAAAACCAUCUCAGCAGAAGAUCUCCUUGUCACAACAACAAAGCCGGCGCCAGUUGCCUGAUAUUCGGAAUGCCACUUUUGGUGACUUGUGGGAAAUCGACGGGACGGUACUGCUCCAGUGA